GCGGCCAGCAUGAAGCAGCCGGGGCAGCGCGGUGAUGACAACCAAGCCGACGAGAUGAUCGAGACGAGCAGUCGAAGCCGGGUAGAGGUCAGCAGUCGAAGCCGGGUAGAGAUCAGCAGUCGAAGCCGGGUAGAGACCUGCGACCACCUGGAGGCCAGCGCGCAUGGCCACCACGAGGUCGAGAUCGAGCUCGCGACCAUGUCCUCGACCUGCGGUCCGGCGUACACGCAGCUCCGAACGCCUCGACCAAGCACGGACGCGUCGAUGCUUCCCGAAGACGACGAAGCGUCGCGAUCUGCUGGCAGCAAGAUGGGCGCAGCGCGGCCUCAGGCUUCCCAUCAGCUGCGCAUCGACUGCUCUUCGACGCAGUACGAGACCACUCCGGCGCCCGAUGCUAAUGGCUUGACGACGGACCGCGUGUACCGCGAGCGCUCGCAGCGGGGCAUGACGCUGGUGUACGCGCCGACGAUCCGCGAGCAGCUGCAAGCCCACAUGACGAGCCGUGUUGGUGUCUACCUCGAGCUCAUCAACACGUCGUUCAGCGUCCUCUGCUGCCUCUUCUACCUCUUCCAGCUCUACGCACCAACAAUGUACGACGCGCUGCAGAUCCAAGUCGUCGAGAUCACACUCACGUGUUACUUUGCGUUGCAUUAUCUCGUACACUUCUACACGACCGAGGACGUGUGGCAGUUCGUCUUGUCGAUGAACGGCGUCAUUGACGUCAUCACGAUCGUACCGGCGUUUAUCAUGUUUUUGAGCACAACCCAAAACUCGAAAGCGCUCACAAUCUUCCGCGUCUUCCGCGUCUUUCGGGCGCUGCGCGUGCUUCGGCUCUACCGUCUCAUUCGCAGCCGCAAGCACGGAUACAACUACGAGUGGGGUGUCUUUACGUUCUCGAUCUGCGCCAUCAUCUUUGUCGCGGCCGGCAUCUUCCAGGCGCUCGAAGACUACCCCGAGCGCACUCGGAACAUCGAGUUCCACGACGCCCUGUACUUUAUCCUUGUCACGUUGGCCACGAUUGGGUACGGGGACAUUGUCGCGACGACGACCUUGAGUGAGGUCUUUGUGAUGGGGCUCAUCGUGGCGGUCGUGACAGUCGUCCCGGGCCAGCUCACGCGCCUCAACGCACUUCACAAGCCGCGCUACGCCCACGACGACGCGUACCGAGGCCGUCCAAAGAAGAGCCACGUCGUAGUCUCGGGGCACAUUGCCCACGAAGCCUUUGCGGACUUUCUCACCGAGUUUUACCACCCGAGUCGCGGCGUCGUGGACUUUGACGUGGUUGUGCUUGGGCGUGACGCGCCCUCGGACGUCAUGACGCGCCUCCUUGGCAACGUCGCGUACGCCGCCAAGACGACGUACCUCAAAGGCUCGUUGAUGCUCGAGAAGGACCGGUCUCGUGUUCACCUGGAGAACGCGGAGGCGGUGUUUGUGCUCGCGAACCGCCAGUCGGCCGACCACGCGGCCGAAGACGCCUCGACGCUGCUCCAGGCGCUCAGCGUGCGCAACUACGCCGACAGCACCGGCCGGCGCGUGCGCACGUAUCUGCAAAUGAUUGCUGACGCGCACCACGACCUCUCGCACAUCAUUGGCGCCACGCAGACGCUGCAUACGAACCGCAUGAAGGACGACAUUGUGGCGCGUGGCACCGUGUGCCCCGGGGCCUGCGCGCUCAUUCUCAACCUCAUCCAGUCGAUCGACGAGAAAAAGUACCAAAAGCACAUUCUCGGGCCCGCGCCGUGGAUCCAAGAGUACAUUGGCGGCAUGAGCCGGCAAAUUUACGCCAUUGUCUUUUCCGAAGCGUUUGACGGCCACCUCUUUCAAGACGUAGCGCGGCGCGUCUACCACGGGUUUGAGAGCAUUUUGCUGGCGGUGUACCGCCGCGACAAAGACGAAGGCCAUCCCCGCGUGUGUUUGGGUCCGUUUCACAAGCCGAUUCUUGAAGGGGACAUUGGCUUUGUCGUCGCGUCGUCCUCGUACGUCGUGCACCAGAUCCUCGCCGACUAUAGUAUGCUGGUGCACAACGAAGCCGAAGACGCUUCGUCCCGAUCGCGUUCGACGUCGUUCCGGCAUCACCCGCUGAUUUCAACCAAUAACCUACUCCACCGGCAGUCGCCGCUGCACCAGCGCCUCAGCCAGUCGAUUCGGUCGCCAACCGACCAAGGGAGCUUUGGCUUUGAGUCGGUCAUGUCGCUGGACGAAGCCAUUCGCCACGCGACGAAGAAGGCGACUAAGUCACUCACGCAACACGUCGUGCUCUGCGGGUCCCUUCGUCAUAUCGUGCCCGUCAUCCAUCGUCUUCGGCGUAUGUACUAUCAGCUUGACGGUCAGUACCCGUCGCUCGUGCUGCUUUGUGACACGGCGCCGACACCUCAUGACUUUCCACCCGACUAUGCGCUGCCAAGUCACGUGCAUUUUGUCAUUGGGAGCUCGUUGCGGUGCGCCGAUCUCGUCCGCGUCGGCGCGCCCAACGCCAAAGCCGUCCUUCUCUACCCGUACGACUCGCAACAGCACUUUCGAAACGAGAGCAGCACCGACGAGAGUAGCGACACCACCACGUGUCUCCUCGACUACGGCGUCGUGACGUCGCUUCUGUGCUUGGAAACAGCCAGCGACCUCGCGCAUGUCGCGCUCAACGCCGAGUCAGCGGCGGCCCAAGACGACUUGGUGUUUUACGCCUCAAACCGCGUGCCGCUCUCGGCGGUGCAAGAUCACCUGGUAUGCCACUACCCAAAUUUGAACCCAGCGCUCUUCCGCGGUACGUCGUCGAUCCAGAGCAUGAGCGCGCGGUUACGGCAACACUCGGCGGCCGAGACGCCCGAGUCCCACGAAGUGCCGUGCGUCGCGGUCCUCACGCGCGGCAGCAACAUCAAGUUUUGCCGCCCGCGCGACGUCCACGUGUGUGCGGACGACCUUCCGUACCUGGCGCCGGCGUACGCUGCCGGGCGCGUCUUUGUCGACAGCCGUCUCGACUUGCUCUUGUGCCAAGCGUUCUACAACCCGUACAUCACCGAAGUCAUCCACGCGCUUGCGGGCUCCGAGUCGGACGCGCCGAUUUUGCGCUUGGUGGAGCUGCCAUCGGCGCUUGUCGGGCUCACGUUUGGGGACUUGGUGCUGCGUAUGCUCUCGAGCGACGCGAUCGUCCUCGGGCUCUACCGGUGUCCGCACAAGCGCCUUGGCAAUUUGCUACCGUACGUGUACACGUCGCCGCCCCGCGAGACCCGCCUACACUCGAAAGACAAGGUGUUUCUUCUUGCGCGCGAGGCCACCGUCCCCUAACCCUCAUUUCACUGAUUAAGGUAUUGGCGAUAGCCACUAUAUUGCCGUGCUAUAUUGUCGCGAGAAUAUGGACAAC